UGUAGUUGGUGACACAUCUGUACCAAACACCUCUCUGCAUACCUGGCGCUUAGACAUCAACAUGCAACAACCAGGCCGGCUGAGGCUGAGGCCGUGGCUGGAGGAGCAGAUUCAAUCUGGGAGGUAUCCAGGGGUCAGCUGGCUGGACCAGUCAGCACGGAUCUUCCAAAUCCCAUGGACACAUGCCGCUCGUCAUGGAUGGAGUAUUGACCGAGAUGCUACACUCUUCAGGAGCUGGGCCACAUACACUGGACGAUACCGUCCAGGCAAAGACAAGCCAGAUCCCAAAACAUGGAAAGCGAAUUUCCGCUGUGCCUUGAAUUCUCUGCCUGACAUCUGUGAGCUGAGGGAGCACAGCAGGAAGAGAGGCAGCAAUGCUUACAGAGUCUACAGGAUGCUGCCCAGCACACAAACACACAGACGCAGGAGAGGGCUGCGGUUCAGCAGGCCCAGAGAAAAACAGGCAAGUUUAGGUGAUGAUACAUACACCAUGCACACUUGGCAACCCACAACAACGAGACCCACUUCAGACUCCCCACAGAGGAUGGAAACCCCCGCAGAAGACCUAUUCAACAGCACACAAACAUAUGGGAUGUGGGAGGCCAAGCCAGAGGACCAGGAACAGAAUGAGGCUGUGUUUAAGUUGAUGGACCACUUAAGCAACGCUGACCUCUGGAACCAAACUGGAGAGCAGAGAAGAUGGAGAACACACACACUGUGGGAUCACUGGCACUGUGCUGGUGAUGAAAAUCCAUUCUCUCUGAACCCAGAGAGCUACAGUGAUCUGUUUGGUCCAAACUACAUCAAGGAACUUUCUGAUUGGACCACAAAUCAGCAAACACUGAUGCCUUAGCUGUGCACCCAUGGCUAGUCCUCCUAUACAGUUUGAGUUUACCACAUGUUUGAUUAAAAGCUGUUCUUACUUCAGGCUUCCUUGCUAACCUCCAGCCGUCUAUCUGCUGAGCUGACCAGUGAAAGAGAGAAACAGGAGAGGGCGAGCGGACAGAUAUAUUGCUCUGUCAGUCAGUCGGUCGGUCAUCCUCUCUGCUGAGCAUGCUGAGAUGAAGAUCCUGUUCCAAGCCAAGCUUUAACUCUGUCAUCAUCACUUGGGUUCACUAUGGUUCAGUGCCUCAAACUCACUGAAGUGACACCAAGCUCACACCACAGCUUACAGAGUAAACAGAUAUCAUUUCGCUUCAGUGCAGGAUCAGUUAUUGCUGUACUAUUUCUUUGAGUUUGACUGGAUGUUUAGCCAACAUGCAGUAAAAUAAAGUCCAGAACACGGAGGCAGGACAUGUGGCUUUAACAGUAUGUUUAUGAGUGGAGUUCAAAUCUGACUUAAGCUACAAAAUAUGUGUUUUUUAGUCCGUAUAUACAGUAAAUGUGUGAUCCCUAUAUGUUUGUGCCUUUGUUUUUAACAAUUUUUUAAGAUUUUCUCCAUUAGAUACUCAUGACAAUUUUGUAUUUUUGUGUUUUGUUUGAAGCACCCAAUGGUGCAGUUUGUCUUGUGUGUUACUGUAUAACCUGUUUUUUUUGUUUUUUUUUAAUAAAAUGAAUAGAUUUUAUAUAAUCCUGUGUUAAGAAAACGUAAAAGCUAGUAAAGCACAUAUAUAUAUUAGCUCAAGACAUGGAUCUGUAAACUAAACACUGAAUUAACCACACAGAACCAUCAUAGUUCUGUUUGUAUGUGUGUGUCAAUGUAUGUUUCACACUGGCAGCUGACAUAAUUAGAUAAAAUAUCAUUUGUAAGGAGUUUUUUGCAAUAAAUAAAUAAAUGGUCAGACUCAUUUUUUAGCUGUAAAAAGGAAAACAUGCAAAGUACCAAAUAAAUCCAGCCACAAAGAAAUCUAAGUCUCAUUCUCAGGAUCAGUUAACAAGGAUGUGAUCUCAUGAAAUCUAAUCUCUUUGGUCUCACUGCAAAAACACUGAUUUUAAAAAUCUUCUGACAGGUUAAUAGAGGCUAAUACACUCUAUGUGAGGACACUGCAAUUAACAUGAAACACUGAAUGAAAAUGAGUGCAGUAGUUUCAUAUGAAAAGCUUCAACGUAUUGAUUAUAACUGCCACUAAUUACAAAACCCAAAAUACAGAUUUUAUCUGUGCCUGUACUUUACAUCUGUUCCUGUUGGCAGACGUAGAAGAAACACAGGUGCAAAUAAUGACACUAAUCACAGCUCUGUUGGAUUGAAAGUGUCAGUGUCAUUCCAGCCAUACUGGCACACCUGAAUGUGAUGCUGCCUUUAAUUACACCUCUCCCUUAUCCUCUCAUAACCCCUUCCAUUUAAAACUUGAUCCACCUCAGCUAAAACACUAUCAACUAUCUAAUAAUAUCAUGAGAAAUAAAGGGCCAUUUUUCUGCAGAAGGAGUACUUUUACUUUUUAUGUACAAUUUUUUUUUACACAAGUAUGAUUUUGUAUGCGUUACUUUUAGUUGUAGUGGAGUAUUUUUGCUUUGAUGUAGCAGUAUAUUAGGA